AGUGACUGCGGAGACAUCAUUUCACGAAUCAACUCCUCCUCUACACUCUUCGUCUUGUCUCUGCUUCUUCAAUCUCCAUCGAGGUCGCUAGGGCGCGCAAUAUGUCGGACGCCGACUUCGAUACUGUGCGGCGCCUGCAGGCAGAGCGCAACGCUCAAGCAGCCGGCAAGAAAGGUUCAAAGACCUUCGAUCCAUCCACUCAACGCACUGACUCAUCCACCAAGGCGUCUUUGACUGAAAGUUUUGAUACCGUUCUCUACGACCGGGAUGGUGUCGACAAAUUUGCUGGUUAUCACACCUCCCUUCCCGCCGAUGGCGAAGAUGACGAGAUGCCCGACGCAGACAGCAGUCGGAGACUCGUCGGACAGUAUACAGCGACAAAGGACCAAAUGAACGAAUUCGCAACCGGAAACGGGGUGGAGGAAGAGGACAUCUUACUUGGGCGUGAGAAAUCUGCCAGAAUAGCAGAUCGUGAAACUGAUUACCAGAAGCGAAGAUUUGAUCGUGGUCCUCUCACACCCACUCGAGCCGAUCCCUUCGCUGCAAACAAACAUGCCGGCGUCACUGACGGUGCGACCUACCGUGAGGUCAUGCAAUUACAGGAUCUCGAGCGCGAGGAAGAACGGGUCAAGAAGCUCAUUGCCGAGAAACAGACAAAUGGUGACACCGUCGAGCACAGACCAACGCUCAAGGAAGAAGCAGACAAGGAGAAUGCGGAUGCCGGGUCCACUGUUGAGGCAACGGGACGCAAGCGGAAGAAGAGAUGGGAUGUAUCUUCCGAGGCCACUCCUACCGCCGACGCCGCCGACGUGAAAAAGCGCUCGAGGUGGGAUCAAGCCCCAGCCCCGGACGGAGCACCAGCGCCGACAAAACGCUCGAGAUGGGAUCAAGCGCCUGCACUUCCAUCGGCGACCCCCCUUGGCAAUGCCGGACUUGCCACCCCAAUGCAUCCUUCACAAAUGGCACAGGUAAGCUUUGGGGCAGAUGUCACGGGAAGAAAUGCCUCUUGGUCAGACGAAGAACUCGACAUGAUGCUUCCUACGGAAGGUUACACCGUUCUCGAACCACCACCAGGAUAUGCCCCAAUCCGACCCGUCGCCAGAAAAGCGGUUGCAACGCCGGCCACGGCGAGCGCUUCGGCUGGCAUAGGUGGCUUCAUGAUGCAAGAGCCGGAGAAUCCAAGAAUGCUGGGCAAGCAACUUCCCACAGAUAUCCCCGGCGUUGGUGAUCUCCAAUUUUUCAAGGCUGAGGACAUGACUUAUUUCGGCAAACUCGUCGAUGGUGCAGAUGAAAAUGCCCUGUCGGUGGAAGAAUUAAAAGAGAGAAAAAUCAUGCGUCUGCUGCUCAAAGUCAAGAACGGCACUCCGCCGAUGCGUAAGACUGCCCUCCGACAGUUGACCGACAAUGCGCGGCAAUUUGGAGCCGGGCCCUUAUUCAACCAGAUCUUGCCCUUGUUGAUGGAAAAGUCUCUGGAAGAUCAGGAGCGACAUCUGCUUGUCAAGGUUAUCGACCGUGUUCUCUACAAGCUCGAUGAUCUCAUCCGGCCCUACGUACACAAGAUCUUGGUCGUGAUUGAGCCUCUCCUCAUUGAUCAGGACUACUACGCUCGUGUGGAGGGACGAGAAAUCAUCUCCAAUCUGGCCAAAGCUGCUGGCUUGGCUCAUAUGAUCAGUACAAUGCGACCAGAUAUCGACCAUGUGGAUGAAUACGUCCGUAACACCACAGCUAGGGCGUUCGCUGUGGUUGCUUCAGCGUUGGGAAUUCCGGCACUCCUUCCCUUCCUACGUGCAGUCUGUCGAAGCAAGAAGUCAUGGCAGGCUCGGCAUACGGGGGUCAAGAUCGUGCAACAAAUCCCCAUCUUGAUGGGUUGCGCAGUUUUGCCUCAUUUGAAAGGCUUGGUCGAUUGUAUUGCCGACAAUCUAAGUGACGAACAGGCUAAGGUGCGGACGGUUACUUCUCUGGCAAUUGCUGCUCUGGCCGAGGCCGCCAAUCCAUAUGGCAUCGAGAGCUUUGACGAUAUUCUGAAUCCUCUUUGGACUGGCGCGAGAAAGCAACGAGGUAAAGGGCUUGCUGGCUUCUUGAAAGCCGUGGGCUACAUUAUCCCUCUCAUGGACGAGGAGUAUGCCAACUAUUACACCAGCCAGAUCAUGGAAAUUCUACUUCGAGAAUUCGCCUCUCCGGACGAAGAAAUGAAGAAGGUCGUGCUGAAAGUCGUUUCUCAGUGCGCGAGCACCGACGGUGUGACUGCUGGAUACCUGAAGGAACACGUGCUGCAAGAAUUCUUCAAGAGUUUCUGGGUCCGACGAAUGGCACUUGAUAAGAGAAAUUACCGUCAAGUCGUGGAGACAACGGUUGAUCUUGGUCAGAAAGUCGGUGUCAGCGAGAUUGUUGAGCGAAUCGUCAACAACCUGAAAGAUGAAAGCGAAGCCUACCGCAAAAUGACGGUGGAAACCAUCGAAAAAGUCAUCGCUUCCCUCGGCGCUGCAGAUAUCGGCGAACGACUUGAAGAGCGGCUCGUGGACGGCAUCCUCCACGCCUUCCAGGAGCAAAGUAUCGAGGAUGUUGUCAUGCUUAACGGCUUUGGCACAGUCGUCAACGCCUUAGGGACGAGAUGUAAACCUUACCUCCCACAAAUCGUCAGCACAAUCCUUUGGCGGCUUAACAACAAAUCUGCCACCGUUCGCCAACAAGCCGCAGACCUUAUUUCGCGCAUCGCAAUGGUCAUGAAACAAUGCGGCGAAGAUGCUCUGAUGGGUAAACUAGGCGUCGUUCUCUAUGAGUACCUAGGGGAGGAGUAUCCCGAGGUGUUGGGAUCCAUCCUAGGCGCACUCCGGUCCAUUGUCACCGUGGUGGGAAUAAACCAGAUGCAACCACCGAUCAAGGACCUUCUACCGCGGCUAACCCCCAUUCUGCGCAACCGCCACGAAAAAGUCCAGGAAAACACCAUUGAUCUCGUGGGACGUAUUGCGGAUCGAGGCCCUGAAUCUGUCAAUGCAAGAGAGUGGAUGCGUAUCUGCUUUGAACUCUUGGAUAUGCUGAAAGCACACAAGAAGGGAAUUCGUCGAGCCGCCAACAACACGUUUGGUUUUAUCGCAAAAGCGAUCGGCCCACAGGAUGUUCUCGCGACCCUGCUCAACAAUCUGCGUGUCCAAGAACGGCAAUCCCGCGUCUGCACUGCGGUGGCCAUCGGUAUUGUCGCAGAAACGUGCGCACCAUUCACCGUCUUGCCGGCGUUGAUGAAUGAAUACCGCGUACCCGAACUUAAUGUGCAGAACGGCGUGUUGAAAUCCCUGAGUUUCCUCUUUGAAUAUAUUGGCGAAAUGGCCAAAGACUAUGUCUAUGCCGUUACGCCCUUAUUGGAGGAUGCGCUUAUUGACCGGGAUCAAGUCCACCGGCAGACUGCGGCCAGUGUGGUCAAACAUGUCGCCCUAGGAGUCAUGGGUCUGGGGUGUGAAGACGCAAUGGUCCAUCUCCUCAACCUUCUCUAUCCCAACCUAUUUGAGACAUCCCCCCACGUCAUUGACAGGAUCAUCGAGGCGAUUGAGGCAAUAAGAAUGGCGGUUGGUACCGGCAUUGUGAUGAAUUAUGUGUGGGCUGGAUUGUUCCAUCCAGCGAGGAAAGUUCGCACUCCGUACUGGAGAUUAUACAACGAUGCGUACGUGCACAGUGCGGAUGCGAUGGUGCCGUAUUAUCCCAAUCUGAAGGAAGACGGAUUGCCGAGGGAUGAGUUGUAUAUCAUGGUGUAACCGGUCCGGACGGGAGGCCAAGUGGACGAAGGACUUGCUUAGUACGAUCAUUUACAGGGAUGAGUCCCAAAAAGACCAGAAAUAUUGAAAGAGGACUUGGUUGUAACAACCGAAAAGUAGCAAACAGGGCCGAAAAGGGACUGGCGAUUCGUCUCGGACACAUGAGGAAACGAGCGAAGCGACGGAGAGCGCGAGCUGUGUUUCUGGUCCUAGGAAAAGUAAAACAGGUCGGGUCGAGUUCUGCAUGAUUGUGUUGAUAUAAUUAGGAUUCAAUGAGACGAGACACUGCAAAUCAUUCUCAACGCCUUUGUCGUGGCAAUUCAGCCUGCGAGAUUGAAUCGAUCAGGCGGUAGAUC